UCACUGCGGAGAACAGCUGCUGUCAGACGCGUUAUUCGGAGAGGGACUGAGGGCUAUGGACGAUUUAUCGACAGAUUCGCCUCUCACACUGGAGCAGUCUUCUCCAAAACAUUUAUCUACUUUUGUCACUAGCUUAAAAUAAAGUCUACCUAAAAAAUGAGACGCAUAGACAACAAUCGGUGAUUUUUUAUUCCCUUUAUUCUGCAAAAGAAGGCUUAGAGUUAUUCUUUUUUUUUGUCUCAUUUGGAUAUGGCACACAUUUGGAUCCAGUAAGAAUUUCACAGCGUCAGACGCGUCUGCUGCGGGGGAAACCAGCCGGAGGGACUCGGAACUUUGCGUGGCACAUGAGACGCUCUCUUUUUUCGGAAUCAGGCGCAGAGGGAGCCAUGGUGAACUAUUUCAUACUGGUGCUCAGCUGGACUGUGCUCUCUGAGGUGGCCACAGCUCAGAAUGACACGGAGCCUAUUGUCCUGGAGGGGAAAUGUCUGGUGGUGUGCGACUCUAACCCCACCGCGGACUGGAAGGCUUCGUCCUCUCCGCUCGGCAUCUCUGUGCGCGCGGCCAACUCCAAGGUGGCUUUCUCUGCAGUCCGGAGCAACAACCACGAGCCGUCGGAGAUGAGCAACAAAACGAGAAUAAUCUACUUCGACCAGGUUCUGGUGAAUAUAGGAAACUACUUCACAUUUGAGUCAGUAUUUUUGUCCCCUAGAACAGGAAUCUACAGUUUUAACUUCCAUGUUAUUAAAGUGUACCAGAGCCAAACUAUACAGGUGAACUUGAUGUUGAAUGGGAAACCAGUCAUCUCUGCCUUUGCGGGUGACAAAGAUGUAACUCGUGAAGCGGCCACCAAUGGAGUUCUGCUUUAUCUAGAAAAGGAGGACAAAGUCUACUUAAAGCUGGAGAAGGGAAACCUAGUUGGCGGAUGGCAGUACUCAACAUUUUCUGGCUUUCUUGUGUUCCCGCUGUGAGAAAAAAUGAAAGGAAAGAAGAUUGUAAGCAUCCUGACUUCUUCAUAAAGUGUUGUCACUGUAUAAUCAAAACAUUGCUGCUCCAUCUUGCCAAAAUGUUGAAAGGAGAUAGAUGGGAAAGGAUCCAAACAGAGAGAAGACAUAAGACUUUGGAAAUCAUUCACGUUCUCUGAUUGUGAGUUCACGUCCAGAUGAAAGAGACUCGAUGAGCUAUUAGAUGUGUCUGCCAAUCAAGCAACCUCAGAGAGGAAGACUCAAAAUCUAAAAAUACUUUUCCCAGUUCAACAUGGCAACUGUUGCAUUCAAGUACAUCUGCCUUUUGGGUGUAAACUGUAUAUGCUUGUGUUACUUGUGUAGCGAAUCAUCAAAGUAAUCAAAUUGUAAGUAUUUUUGGGGGGUAUCUACUCUGGUCAAGAGAUGAUGGUGGUGCCACUUUGAUGGAAAACAUGUAUUUGCUUUUAAAAAAAAGAGAUCAAUGCUUAUUGCAAUGCGCGUUUAGUGAUCAGAGGAAUUCAUUGAUUACUUAAAAGGCCUACUGGGUCAAAAGCACAACUCCAGAGACGACAGAACCAAGAGGCGCCACAAUAAAGACACUCAAAGAGACAUAAAACAACCUUAAAAUCACACAAACACAAGACAAAAUUACACAUAGACGCUCAAAAAUACCACAAAGAGACUCAAAACCACCACAAUUUGAGGCAAAACGACUAAUGACUGCUAUUUCAGUAUGGUUGUCGCUCAUUCAAAAGUCUGUGCACAGGAACCCAUAAUGUGCUUAUCCGUCCAUUAUCAGAGUCCACAUUUCAUAUUUUUCUGAUUAUUAAGAAUCACUGCUGAUACUGAUAUUUUUGCUUUUGGUGAAUAAUGAAUGAAGGUUGUUUGUUUAUUUCAGUUUACUGGUAAACCCAGUCGCCCAGAAAUCACAUUUAUAUUCCAUCAAUUUGAUUUGGCAGAGACGCUUUGGAGUCAUUACUAUCAGUGGCAAUGUUUUCUUCAAUUGGUGUUUUUGUAAUGGAUUGUAAAUCUGGAGAUUUGAGUUAGCAUCCUGAUCCCAUGUAUAGUAAGGUUUUAGUCAACAAAAGCUGCUGUAAUCAAUAUUUCCAUCAGAACAAUUGAUCAAUGGAUGUGAAAUGUGCUCCAUGAUAAUAAGAAUAAUCAUCACCAACUCUGUAGUUCCCUUUAGAUAUUUGGAAAGCUUAAAUUUUUCAGCCAAUUCUUUUUGGUUUUACAGCUCACCAUUUGUGUUGACUCUCUCUGCUAUAAUGAGCACUAUUUUCAUCAGGCAGCUCUUAUUCUUUAUAAAAGCAUAGAUAAUAUCACUAAACGCUGAUUAUGGAGCUGCCUCAAAGCACAAAGACAAAGUUAGCAACUAGCUGGUGGAAAUACUUGGGCAUUCUGCAGCAAAAGAGCGGGAUAUGUUCCAAUAGCGGAAGCCAACACUGAAAUAUUUGACUUAAAUUCAACAGAGGGACACAAACACGACUCCAAAAGUGUUUUCAUACUGCUUCAUAUCUGCCGGAUGUACAAACUAACAAAUGUUUGCUAUCAAAACUAGCCAAAUAAGCCAACAAUAUGUUAGCGUGAGCUUGUUUCUGCUGCCCCCAUGUGACCAAAACAGGUCAUUGCAGGUUGAGGAUUCGGCUAGAGCUUUCUUUAUUUUUUGUUUAACCAAUACCGCCAUCUUUCCCUGAACUUAACCAAACGUGAGUGCCUAAUGGUAACCAUAGAAAGGGUUAUCCUGCUUUAGUUUUUACAGUCAAAGCGCAUAUUGUUGGGAAAGCAAAUAAAAAGGAUGCCAUUGAAGAUUUUGUCGUUGAUACGUUCAUUCAAAUAUGUUGUCAAUAUAUUGAUAAAAUAAUACAUCAUACAUUUCCCCAAAAUGUAUCUGCUGUUAAAACUAGUAGGUGUAACUUGUGUAUUCACAAUACACAAGUCAAGUUGUGGUUUAUGGAUGUUAAUAAAGUGUAAUGGACCUCUAAGGACGUUAAUUAGUUGACAUGUAGAUAAUAAACAGGUUCCUGUCACUGCUGGUGAGCAUAAACAGCUUCCACUGGGCCACCUGAAUAAAUGAUGAAUUAAUAAACUCCUUAAUAGCUGCUCUGGAGCUCAUCCUGUGCUUACACGGCACUUCCCUUCAUGUCUACAGAGGAGUUAAUGUUUGCAUUUCUGCAGUGUGUUAAAAUCCACCUCAAAGGCUUUCCUGCAGAAGUAUUUAAAUCGUCUGCACUCUCGUCAGGUUGAGUGGUUUCAAUGUUUACUUUUGCUGAUCAAAUGUAUGUUGUUUACUGACAUCUUUUUUUGUCAGUGACUGAAUGUUGCCCUUGGCAUCAAUGACAUUUAUUUUUUGUUGCCGAGAAAACGUCUGAUGAAGGUGAUUGCUACAGUUCUCUGUUACGACGAAUAAAGAGGCAGAGGUAGGAAUGUGUGUGCAGCUCAAAAGGCUCUCUGAAGAUUCACAGUUGAAUCGCACUCCAUACUUAAAAUGCUCAAGGAAAGGACUCUGUGGUGUAAAAGUGCAAAUAUAUUCACUGACAGAUAUCUGAAGGGACAAGGAUGGUGACACUUAUUAAAUAACCCUGCUACUUUUAUGGAACCAUUUAUAUUUAUCUUGCUGAACCGAAACAAUCUAUAUUUAUUUUUUACUUCAUGUUUGUGUCACGUUGUUCUAUCCAUGAUGAGUGUGGAAGCUGGACUGUGCCUCUGUAUGAUGAUAGUUUCAGAACGUUAUUCAAUUAUUGCUCAACCUAAAUGAUGUAAAUCUAAGGGUUGAAAGGUUUUAAUGUCAUCAUUAAAUGUUCCAAUAACUAAUGUAUUGAAGAA